AUGACACAUUCGAACGAUGGAGUCAGUCAAUCUGUGAUGAAAGAUAAAUUACUUUUAAGCAAAUCAAAAAAUGUAACUGUUGAUAGUGUUCUCAAACAAUGUGGAGAUUUCGGUCGAUUUCAAUGGUUCCAUUAUUUCUUUCUCAAUUUAUUACAAAUAUCUGCUGGUGCUGUUGCUUUUUAUUAUGUUUAUGGUGCAGCAGAACCCGAACAUCGUUGUCGUUUGCCAUCAUCUAUUUUGCAGAAUGACAAUCAAUAUAAUCCAGUCAAUUCAACAUUAAAAUCUCUUAUUGAUAAAUAUAUUCCAAUCAGUAAUGGAAAAUGGGAUAAAUGUCAUAUAUGGGAUUCUAAUAGAAGAUUAGUUGAUUGUCCAAAUGGAUGGGUAUUUGAUCGACAUAUUUAG